AUGUUAUGUAGUCUAGGAAGGGGAGGUACCCAACACAAGGAAGGAGCAGCAGAAGUAGCAGAAGCAGCCGAACCCACAACCCAUCUAAACAAUUUGAUAGAAACGUGCAUGCGAAUCAGUGAAGGAAUAACAUACUAUGAAGAUGAGUUGAAGAAUUAUAAGUACGAUGAUCAAUGUUUUCCUUAUCGAGAAAUUGGGAACUAUGUUUUAGAAAAGCAUAACUUAAGCAGUUAUAACUGCUAUAGGAAAAUCCAAAAACCUUUAUGCAAAAUGAGCUACACCAGUAUUACAAAUCCAAUGGUAGAAGAAAUCGAUGCCAACAAGAGUUGCCAUAAACAUAUUAAGAAAUAUACGAAUGAGGAAAAUGAGAAUGUUAUUUCAAAUAUAUCUCAAGAUGAAGAACAUGUAGUUGUGAAAAACAAUAGGGAAGAAAAAGGAGAAACUGGUAGAACGAAUGUUACAUCCAUGAUGGACACGAUAAAUGAGAAUACAAGAAAUAAACAUAUAUCAGAGGUAGACAAUAUCAAUGUGGGAUAUCCCCAGUGUGUAAGAACAAAGGAACUAUUCACUUCUCUACUAUUGCAGUGCUUAGAAAAUGGAUAUGGAAAUCCAAUGUCUCAUUGUGCUUCAUUAGACAUGAAAAAAAAUGUUAUUCUAGAUGGUGAACUAUUUUGUCAAAGUUCCUAUGAAAGGAGAAGAUUGGAAAUGGAAGAAGAUGGUGUGCAUAAAUCUAUAUAUGGAAAUAAUUAUAAAAAAUAUAUAAUUAAAACGUUCGAUUUUAAGAAAGACGAAAUGGAUAACUGCAUCGAUAUGGUAAACAUAUUUAAUCAAUGUUCAAUUGUUGAAAAAAGCAUAUUUCCACAAAAAAAACCUAACGAUUGUAUUCAACAAGGUGUAAAACAUUUUUGUAAUGAAAAAAUUCAAAAAAUGGAUGAUGUAGAUUACAUAAACACCUGCUCAGAUAUUAUAUUGCCAUAUUUAUUAAUCUCUAAAUAUAAAAAUAACACAUAUUAUCAGUUGUGUCAUAACAUUAACGAUUAUGCCAAUAUGUUGAAGAGAAAAAAAAAUCAAUUUUUAAAAAAAAAAAAAAAAAUACAAGAAAAUGUGAAACAUAUGAAAUUAACACAAAAACUGUACAAAAUAACAGAAUACAUUUUUCAAACCAUGUAUGAUGAAACGGAGAAGUACAAUGUAGACAUAAAUGAUUUAUUUAAAAAUUUAAAAAACAUAAAAAGGGUUCACCUACCUAAUGAGUAUAUGUCAAAAUUAAACAAUGUUAAUCAAGGAAUAGCUUAUUUAGAAAAUUUAAUAGACAAAAUGGUUUAUCCAAACUUCAACAAAAGCAGCAUUCAUCAAAAUAUUUUGCUUGUUAAUGAAACAAAGGAAUACAUAAAGAAUAUUCUUGACAUUCAGAAAAGUGUCUUAAUCAUGGCAAAGAUGAUUAAUAAAUACAUUCAUGAAAGACUCCAUACUGGUGUUGGUCAUAUCAGUGAAGUAGAUAACCAUAUUGUCUUCUUAAAUUUCGAUGAAUUGACAUUGCUGCAAAAGAGACAUCAACAUAUGAACGAGAUAAUUCAAAAAUAUGCUGACACAGGACACGAUUCUAUAUUUCAGUACCAAAAUUCUCUAAUGAAAGAUUUCCAUAAAGACAUUGAGAAAAUAAAUAACUCAAUUGAAAUGUACACAUCCCAAAUUUCUUUGCUACUUAAAAAGGGUCUUGACGCAUAA